GGCGCGGAAGGAGGAAGCGGCUUCACGCCUUGUUUACGGGACAUAAUUUGAGAGAAGAGCUCAGAGGUAUGAAACCCGUGGCGAAAUAUUAUUUAAAAAAAUUGGCGUGAAGUAAAGGAGCAGUGAAGAAACAGUGUCGUUGCGACUUGCGGACGUACGACUGUGCAGCGGAACCUUCGCUUCGCCAUCAUGCACCGCCGGGGAGUGGGUGCCGGUGCCAUCGCCAAGAAGAAGCUAGCAGAGGCCAAGUAUAAAGAAAGAGGCACAGUCCUUGCAGAAGACCAGAUCAUACAGAUGUCCAAACAGCUGGAAACCUUCAAAACUCACCUGGAGGAGUUUGCCAGUAAGCAUAAGCAGGAGAUCCGGAAGAACUCACAGUUCCGUGUGCAGUUCCAGGAAAUGUGUGCCACCAUUGGCGUGGACCCACUAGCCUCUGGGAAGGGCUUCUGGUCCGAGAUGCUCGGUGUGGGAGAUUUCUACUAUGAGCUGGGCGUGCAGAUUAUAGAGGUGUGCCUUGCCUUGAAGCACAGAAAUGGAGGACUGAUAACUCUCGAUGAGCUGCACCAGCGAGUGUUGAAGGGAAGGGGAAAGUUUGCUCAGGAUGUCAGUCAAGAUGACCUGGUUCGGGCGAUCAAGAAGCUGAAGGCCAUGGGAAACGGUUUUGGAAUGAUUCCUGUUGGAGGCUCUUACCUGGUGCAGUCUGUCCCGGCUGAACUGAACAUGGACCACACUGUGGUGCUGCAGCUGGCUGAGAAGAAGGGCUACGUCACAGUGGGCGAGAUUAAGGAAAGCCUCAAGUGGGAGCGGGAACGGGCUGGUCAUGUGCUGGAACACCUGCUGAAGGAGGGCCUCGCCUGGCUGGACACACAGGCCUACGGAGAUCCUCAGUACUGGCUGCCAGCCCUUUUCUCCGAGCUCUCUGCUCGGGACAUAACGCCAGAUGAGGCCAGUCAGAUGGUGCCUUGAAGAGGAGCCUCUUUGCUGCCUGCGGAGGGAUUUUACUUGCUGUCAAAGCAGGGAGCAUGAUAAUUUUGUGCUGCAAGGUUUGUUUACACUGAGUGAAUGAUAAACAACAUGUGGGUGUCCACAGGCGAAAGAAGAAACAAUAAUGACUGUGUUAUGUUAUGGUUGAGCUCCAACCACCUCUAUGCUUAUCCUACUGUGAGCCCUGAGCAACUGGGAUAUCAAACAUGACCUUUUUUUUUUUUUACUGAACAAAGUGCUGGCAUUAAAUAUAUAUACAUCAGAAAAUGCAAAAGUGGUGGUGCUUAUGCAAAAACAUUCCCCACCAUAAUUUACUUUUUUAUUGAACUGAUUUUUAUAGGUCCUGGUGGUCUGGAGUUCAUCCCGGGAGCAUUGAGCUCUGUUUUUAAGCCUAAAUUUAUUUUAUGGUCAAAUAGUGUACUACCGUAACUCUGUGUGAAAAGCACAGGCACUGUUUAUUUUUCCUCCUGCAUUUAUUUCUACUUUGCAAAGCAUUGUAGCACUUGUUCUUUCCAGCACACACACACUGCUAUGCGUUUGUAAAGCAGCACAAAAGAAAUGCACCAGAGACGGUACAGGCUGUAUCACAUCUGGAAAAUGCUGGAAAGGUCUAGAGUGACACAGCUGGACUUGUCCCAGGCUCCCAACUGACAUGGGACAUUUCACAUCAGGUUAUGUCUGUUUGUAAAGCACUCAUCCAAGGGUCCACUGUGUGACUCACUGUAUGAAAUUAAAGAUUAAAUACAUCUGUGUACUGCA